UCUGACGCACAUUCCUACCAUGCACAAACUCUCCGAUCUUGUCCGUCCCAGUAACUUUUCCUCGCGUAGAUUAGUUCGACGACUACACUGUCACAGAGCAAGAUGAGCGCCUCUGCGGUCACCACAGCGCCGUCUGGGCCGGACUGCGUGUCCCACUGCGUCCCUUUCGUCGCGGUAUCCACCGGCUUUUCGCCACUCACCCUCGCGACCGCCAUCUCGGGGUGCAUGGUCCUCGUUUUCGUCGUCUCUUUCGCCGUCUACCUCUUCCGCCGCCCAGACUGCUUGUUCCUAGCGGGGGACGAGGAGAAUCCGCCGCCCGGCGAUUCGCGUCGCGUCGUCGCGAGACUCAACGCGGAUUUCACGAAACCCGGCCUCGACGCAUCGGUGAUUCAAAGCCUGCCUGUUAUCGUUUUCCCGCCCGAAAGUGAAGCAAGGGACAUUUCCGCAAAAGUCGGCGGAUUCUUGGCCGGCGGGAUCACUGGCGGGGUCGGAUCCCCGCUUGUUCUUGACGAUCGUGACAAUAACGAGAUGAUCCUGAGUCUGCGCGAGUGCGCGGUGUGCCUGGGCGAGUACGCGGCGGGCGAGCGCAUCAAGGUGGUGCCCGCGUGCGCACACGGCUUCCACGCGGACUGCAUCGACCUCUGGCUCGCCGCCAAAACCACCUGCCCCAUCUGCCGCCGAGACCUCGCGCCCAAAACCCUCGUCGCCCCCAUCCCCCCCAUCGCCCCCAUCUCCCCCAUCCCCCUGAUCACCCAACAAGAAGAUUCGCGGGCGGAACCCGGGGAACGCGGGGAGACGGCAGCUCGCGGAGAAGCAGCGGAAAGGGGAGCAAUGGAAACGGAUGCAGCGGAAAGUGGAGCUGUGGAAACGGAUGCAGCGGAAAGGCGAGCAGUGGAAACGGAUGCAGCGGAAAGGGGAGCAGUGGAAACGGAUGCAGCGGAAAGGCUAGGAGCGGCAAUUCCGGCGACAAGUGAAGCAGCUCUGCGCGGCGACGUGGUGAUCGUGCCCAUAGCGGCUGGUGCAUGAGGCGCUAGCAACCAGAGUCUCUGGAGUAUAUUUUUUCGGGCAGCGGUAUUGACUCGACACCGCUACUCGGAGUAGCUGCGUUGGAGUCACCUUAGGAAAUUAAAAACAGGGGUUUUUCCUGCGUGUCAUCUCGAAUCGCUGGAUUAGUUGUCGUGAGCGAGGAACCUCGACCGUUCCGCGAAGCUGUGCCGAGGUUAUUUCGACCAUAGUGAGGAGAUAGCAGCGUCGCUUGCGCAUUUACGUGGUUAACGCAUCUACGUCGUCAGCGCCUUUCACACAGGAAAUGAUCGCAUCUUCCACUGGCAGUGCCGAUUCGACCCCCGUGUUAGCGAUCCGUCGCUUCGUGCGGUCAGUGAGCAGUCAGGAUUGGGGUGCGCGUCAUCUUUUUUCCCACGUGAAUCCACGUGGCUUCCUACUUUCUAUCUAAAGCUCGCGACGACACAUGGCAGAGUAUCUGCACGCCUUGUCAGCGCGCGAAAUCCGCUACGGAUGGCCGACGAUCUAAUGGCGGCGGGAUGGCGAACGGUUAGACGGGAAUUUGGUGCGCUAGCGGGGAGGCUCGCCGUGUUUUGCGGGCGAAUUAGGGACUCGGGAACCCUAAACAAUGAGCUGAGAUGAGGAGCAUGCAGGCGGGAAGCGGACGUACUUCACAAAAAUAGUCAUGAAGACGGGGGCGAGGGGCAGGAAAAGAGGCGGAGAUUUGCGGUGGGAGGCGGGGAGGGUCCGAGCCGACAGCUGGUUUUGGAGGGGGUUGAAGAGGCUUUCCUGUUGUGGGGGGGGGCAGGGAGGGAUGGGGAGGGGGGAUUCAGUCGCUACAGCGGAAGUUGGGGGAGUCGGGGAACGGGAAUGCGGAUUGGUUGGCGGGGGGUUUGGUUGAAUUGGGAAGGGAGGAGACUGGGGGGGGGGGGGGGGGGGGUUAAGAAAACGGAACUACUUAGGGGGAAGAUCUCACCACACGGAAGAGAGCGCGCAGCUGCAGAGAUUGGUCGAAGAGGCUGAACGAUGAGGGGAGAGAGCGGAUGCGGAGAUUGGAUUGGCUGAAAGGGGAGAAUGCAGAGCUUUACGGGAGUGGUCGCACAGUUGGAGAAGCCCGGUGGGGGACAUUCCCCGCGGAGAAGGGCGUUGUGCGGAUGGUGUGCGACGACUCUCGAUCUUGGCGGUUGGCGGGAAAACAUCUGAUUUGACGAGGUUGGGAUCUUCGUCCAGCUCGCGGAGGAAUUCACGGGUGUCUGGUAACAGCUGGAUGCGUUCGCCGUAGAGGGAAUAAGCUUCGCUUCGGCCUUCAAUAGCGGAGGGGCGUUCUGCCUUGGGAAUCGGUUUGGGCGAAGGCAAUCGCAGGCGUUGGCGUUUGCCCUUUCCCUCUUCACUCACUGGGCCCAUUCCCCCCUCCCCCCCAAAUCCAUUCAUCCAUCACAUCUUCUACACUCACUUUCCCCACACCACUCUCAUUUUCUCUCUCCACACACAUUCCACAAGCCCUUGUCCAUCUAGCUCCCAUCUAACUCCCAUCUAGCACUCACUUACAAUCCCACCAUGAGCCAUUCUGAUCUUCUGUCCGUCCUUCCAACAGCUCCUUCCACACCAGUCCCUGGUACGAUUCAAUCAGGUUCCACGUUAUUCCUGGAAAGGGCGCUUCUGCUGCAGAUGUUAUAGGUACUAGUCGUAUUGAGGGGCACCAGCAGACGCUAGGCUAGGAAUGCUGUUGUCGUAGGUUGGGAAGCAGUCAUUGUUUCGUUGUGCAGGUGACCUUGUCAGUAGAAAGCUGACAGGCAUUUUCUCGCAAGAGUCCUGUUCUAAGGUCUG